CAGGGUCACAUGACCAGUGUGUUUAGAUUAGAGCAGGAUGAGGUGUGUGAAGUAGAGAGGAUUCUGGAGUGGAAAAGUGAAGGGCCUGGGAUAUGAAUUAAUACAUUUUACAGGCGCUGAGGGGUAGAGGACACCGGCCUUACAUACAGGAUUCUCACAGAUAAAGUCUUCGUAAGACGAUGGUCCUUUCCAUCAAUGACCCAACAAGGAUGGAGAAGGACAGAAGCCACAUGGCUGCAGAGAUAUUAGACCUCUCUCUAGAGAUCAUCUUCUUGAUAACUGGAGAGGAUUACACAGUAGUGAAGAAGUCGUCUGAUGAGUGUGUGACACCCCGUGUGUCAGGAGGACGGAGCAGGACCCAGAGCCCCAUCACCGAGCCUCCACCUCAUUCACUGAUACAUGAGCAGAAGAUCCUAGAACUUACCAACAGGAUCACUGACCUGCUGAGCGGAGAGGUUCCUGUAAGGUGUCAGGAUGUCGUUGUCUAUUUCUCCAUGGAGGAGUGGGAGUAUUUAGAAGGACACAAGGAUCUGUACAAGGACAUCAUGAUGGAGAAUCACCAGUCCCUCACAUCACUGGAUAGAUCCAGUCAGAGAAAUCCACCAGAGAGAUGUCCUAGUCCUCUAUGUCCCCAGGACUGUCCAGAGGAGAAGCCGAAUGUCCCACUGGAUCAUCGGGACGUCAUGAUGGAUAAUCACCAGCCUCUCGCAUCACUGGAUGGAUCCAGUCAGAAAAAUCCAUCAGAGAGAUGUCCCAGUCCUCUACAUUCCCAAGAUUGUCCAGGGGAGAAGCAGAAUGUCCCACUGGAUCAUCAGGAAAGUGAUGGAAGUGGAAGGACGAGUGGCCUGGAGAACCCCACAUCAGUGUCAGCGACUGGUGACAACAGAAGGAGAGGCUCAGAUGGACUUCUCCUUUUAUCGCCCAGUUAUGAAGUAAAAGAUAAUCAGUCACAGAUUAGCAGGACAAGACUGGGUGAAAUGUUUUCAUGUUCUGAGUGUGGAAAACAUUUUACAGAGAAAUCUCAUCUUUCCGCCCAUCAGAGUAUUCACAGAGAUGAACGUCCAUUUUCAUGUUCAGAAUUUGGGAAAUCUUUUACCGAAAAAUCAAAUAUUGUUAAAGGUAAGAGGAUUCACACAGAAGAGAAACCUCCUUCAUGCCUGGAACGUGGGAACCGGAGUAAGCUUGAACAACAUCUUGUGAAACAGCAAAGACGUCCUAAACGUGAGAAGCUAUUUUCAUGUCCUGAAUGUGAAAAAUGCUUUAACAAAACAACAAAUCUAAGGGAUCAUCUAAGAACUCACACAGGAGAGAAGCCAUUUCCAUGUCCAGAAUGUGGGCAAUGUUUUAGAACUCAGUCAAAUCUUGUUAUGCAUCGGAAAUUGCACUCAGGAGAUAAGCCAUUUUUAUGCUCAGAAUGUGGACGAUGUUUUAUAAAGCAAUCAAAUUUUGUUAAACAUCAGAGAAUUCACACAGGAGAGAAGCUAUAUUCAUGCUCAGAAUGUGGGAAAAGCUUUACAGCUCAAUCAAGUGUUGUUGUGCAUCAGAGAAUUCACACAGGGGUGAAGCCAUUUUCAUGCUCAGAAUGUGGGAAACGUUUUGCCUUUCAUUCAGGUCUUCUUUCACAUCAGAGAAGUCACACAGGGGAGAAGCCGUUUUCAUGCUCGGAAUGUGGUAAAUGUUUUGCCCAUAACUCAAGUCUUGCUGAUCAUCUGAGAACCCACACAGAGAAGAAGCCAUUUUCUUGUCCUCAGUGUGAGAAGGGUUUUGGGAAGAUGUCAACUCUUGCUAAGCAUAUAAGAAAUCACACAGCGGAGAAGCCGUAUUCAUGCUCGGAAUGUGGGAAACGUUUCCGAUAUAAAUCAAUUCUUGCUAAACAUCAAAUAAGUCACACGGGAGAGAUGCCGUUUCCAUGCUCUGAAUGUGACAAAUCUUUUCGCUAUAAAUCAAGUCUUGCUAAACAUCAUAGACGUCACACAGGGGAGAAGCCGUUUUCGUGUCCAGAAUGUUGUAAAUGUUUUAGCUGUAAAGCAAAUCUUGUUAAACAUCAAAGAAGUCACACGAGAGCGAAGCUGUAAUUGUGUUCAGAAGGUGGGAAAUGUUUUCAACGCAAAUCAACUUUUGUGGGACAUCCGAGAAUUCACAUGGGGUGAAGACAUUUUUUAUCUUUUGAAUGUAGGAAAUAUUUUACCCAGAAUUGUGUUCGACAUAGGAGAAACAUUGGGGAGAUGAGGGUGUGCCCGGUAGGUAUUAAUAUCAGAGCCACAUAAUUGCAGCCUAUUGGGGAAAGUUGGGAGGGUUUACUCCCCUCAAAAAUUGGUUAAUCAAACAAGAAUUAAUCAAACAAGAAUGUUUUUGUGGGUAAGAAUGGCUUAGACUUGUUAAUUUUGGCAACAAUGUGUCCCCAGCAGAAUAAGACUACUGUGUGGACGGCACAGGAUGGGCUGCGAACCUGCACAGAUACUGUGAUUAGCAAGAAAGUAUUGUAAAAUACAAAAAAAAAAAUGCCCAAUUUACAGACCCAGCCCUGGAUUAAGGCAGUGAUCAAACUCUGGAUCAACAACGAGACUGCAGCUAGAGGGUUUUCAAAAAUUCUCUUUAAUUCAAGAGUUACAAUGGGGGGGGGGGAUAAUCAUUCAUUUAUAAAGAUAGGGAGUUUAACCAUUUCAAAAGGUGCCAUUUGCCCCCCUUCCUGACUGAAAGCCUUUCCUCUUUUCUUUUAGUACACGUAUUUUUUAUAAAAAUGUUUGUAAUAAUUUUUAUUCAAAAUUCAAUAUAACAAUGCAGAAUUAAGCAGUGACAUCAUUAAUUAUUACCCCCCUUUUUUCCCCUCCCCAUUCCCAACUCAAUAAUCCCAACUCCACCCUCCAUCACUAGCGAUAAAAAUAAAGUAAAAUAAUUAAAUGGAGAGCGGGGGGGAUCCUAGACCGGGGCUCGACAAAUCCCAGGUCGCCAUGGCGAUCAGGAAUUUUGUCCUGGCGCCUGGGUAUUUGCCCCUGCUUAAAAAUAGGUCCAGCACACCAGCAGCCGGGCGCAGCGACUGGAGGGUUAAGACCGCG